AUGUCGCUGUCAAUAUGCACAGAAUGCCUUUCACGGCUGCGGAUCUCAUCGACAACUCCCAAAAGUCUCGCCAUCACCGCAGCGACAUGGACUCAAUCAACGUCCUUUCACAGCUCAGCAGCACAAUAUAAAUCCCCUUUGCUGAAGAAGAAAACCUCCCAAUCCGGCAGCGGACCUCCCAGAGCUCGUCAAUCCCAAUCCGCACGCCUGAAGAAAAAGAGCCGCGAUCGUCCCAAGUUACCUCCAGUUGGCGAACGUCGAGCCCAACGUCGUCGGAUCGUCCUCUCCAACACCAAUGCCUUACCCGUCUCGGAUUUAGAGACAUGGAGUAAGGAGAACUUGGUCGACGAGAAGUUUGUUGGACACAUGUUGGCGCUUGAUGGUGGUCUGUUGGAUCAAUUGAGGGAUUCAGGGGCGUUCAAGACUACCCAGAACUGGAGUCUCUUUCGCAGGCCAGCGACUUUAAUACGAGAGGAGACACUUCGCAUUGCGAAAGAAAUGCAGGAUGUCAAGCAGGAGGGCGAGAAGAAAAAGGUCAUCAAACAUCUAAUAACUGGCGAGAAGGCUAGUGGGAAAAGCGUUCUCUUGUUACAGGCCAUGAGCAUGGCAUAUAUGGAUCACUGGAUCGUGCUGAAUGUCCCAGAAGCCCAGGACUUUGUCAAUAACACGUCCUCAUACGCGCCACUUCGACACGCCGAGGACGAGUCUGAACAUAUGUACAUCCAACCACACCUAACCCAACUCCUGCUCACCCGCGUUGCCACCUCGAACGAAUCCGUCUUGAAGUCUUUGAAACUCAACCACGCUCAUCCCAAGACACUCUCCCUCAAGAACAACUCCACAUUACUGGAUCUGGCUCAAAAGGGCGCAGGUGACCACCACCUCUCGUGGCAGGCAUGGCAAGCCUUCUACAAAGAGCUUACCGAGCCUGGAAAGGACCAGCGUCCACCAGUUUUGCUUGCUGCCGAUGGCGUUGAGCAUUGGAUGGGACCCACGGCAUACCGCGAUAGCGACCACAAAAUCCUGCAUGCGCACCGAUUCAUGUUGGUGAAGCAAUUCGUCAAUCUCUUGUUCACAGGCAACACGGGGAAUACGUUGCCUUUUAUCAAUGGUGGCAUGGUCCUCUUCAGCACCUCGGGCUCAAAUACUCCCGCGUGCCCGACUUUCAAGCUCAUCCUUUCUCAGAUGCGGGCCUUCCAAGAGCACUCUAUCUCUCCCGCGCACCCAGAUUUCCCCCUGCCAAAGCCCUACAGCAAACCCGACCCGCGAGUUUUGGCUCUCUCUGGACCAGCUACCCGUGGAGAUUUGAAUCUGCUGGAGCUGAAAGGCUUGAAUAAUCUGGAAUCGAAGGGUUACCUGGAAUAUUUCGCAAAGAGUGGGCUUUUGCACCGACGCAUCACAGACGGUUUGGUGAGUGAGAUGAGAGGUUUGAGCGCAGGCGGCGUCGUGGGUGAGUUGGCGAAGUUGAGUAGACGGGUGAUUGCUUAA